CGUUUGCCCAACCCCCCACAACACAGAAGUCACCGCCCUUCCCUCUCGCUCUCACACCAACAUGACUACCGACACCGCCGCUCCGACGAGCCGGAGCAUCACGGGAGUUGUAGUCCCGCUCGCGCUAGCCAGUUCGAGAAGGCGAGGCCUCACCAAAAUACAACUCCCAUCUCGACCCUCGCACGCCGAGCCCCGUCGUCCAAUCUGAAUAUGUGGGAGGAGCGCGUCCGCCCACAAAAGCCACAGCUAUCUCCCUGUAUCCCCCCCUUAAAAAAAUCAAUUGUGCACGAAAAAAAGGGGAACACGCUUAAAAUACCAACACAGGUGACGGUUUGUUUUCGGCGCGCGACGGACAGCGACGAGGCGUCCCCGCGUCGUGCGGCGUGAGAAACAGCGGUGACAGGCAGGAGCUGCGAGGAGGGUGUUGUCCUGAUGCUUAAAUGGAAGUGGGUGGGCCUCUACGGUCACACACUGCCAACUUCUCUGUGGAUAUCACUCUGACAAGCGCCAAUUUGCUCGUUUAUGGACUGUCUAUCCGGUAAAGGAGUCAUACGACGGAUCUGUGAGGUGUCCGGCGGACCGGGGACGGUCACCGCUCUCUCUGUUAUUUCCGUUAUUUGGGGCUGUUUGAUUGUUCCUGCGCUUGGCACCGCCCUUCCUGGCCGGUGGGUGGUUUCGUCAAACGGGCAGAUCCGCCACGGCUCAGAGCCGAACAUAUAGGCCGUCCUCCGCCUGUGUACCCGGCCGGCCUUCUACCGUGAACUACACCCUCUCCCUCUCGGUAUAUUAAUGCGUUAUGAGUGACUCGAAGAAGGAAUCAUCUGGAACUGAAGGAGGGAAAGCAUCUAAAAGGGGGAAAAGUUCUGGAUCACAGGAUUCUUCUCAGCCCUCUCCAUUGGCUCUGCUAGCAGCCACCUGCAGUAAGAUCGGAGGGCAGGGGGGAGCAGAGGGGGCACAGGCCCAAGCAGGGGCCCAGCAGAUCCAGGUCCAGGCUGGUCAGAUCCAGUUGCAGGCGGGACAGAUCCAGGGUCAAAUAGUGGUGGACACGGCUGGGGGUCAGGCCUUAGUGCCCCAGCAGCUAGAACUGGUCCCGGCACAGUUCACAGGGAACGGCUGGCAGAUCAUUACAGCAGCGCCUACUAUGGCCAAGGAGAACACCAGUCAACCUGUUGCUGUGACCGUGGCCACCACCUUGGCUAAUGACAGCUCACCUGGUGGACGUAAGGUAAAGGCAGUAGGUGGGACCAACAGUGUCGCAGCCAAUCAGCAGCAGCAAUUUCAGAUCAUCCAGGUUCAGAACCUGCCCAAUGCUGGAGCAGGAGUCCAGUAUCAGGUCAUCCCGCACUUGCAGACUGCAGAUGGACAGCAGAUCCACAUCAGCCCUCAAACAGCCUCCAUCGGGGCCGUUCCCGAGCAGGUUCAGCUCAUCCAGACUCCGAGUUCGGGCCAGACCCAAACUAUCAUUCAACCCACCAACCAGCAGGCCAUCCUGACGAGUACAGCCAAUCAGACGGUUCCACUGCAGAUCCGUCCUGCGCAGUCAUUCCCACUUCAGCUGCAGACUCUGCAAGGCUCCCAAACUCCUGUCAUGACCACAGUACCUAUAAACCUUGGUGGCAUGACCCUGGCUUUGCCUGUGAUCAAUAAUGUCGGAGGGGGUGGAGCUGUGCAGCUUAUCCAAUCAGCAGAUGGCACAUUCUCUGUUGCUAAUGGCAACCAGCUGGUGACAACAGCUGUGUCAGGGGCGGCUCCUACCACAGCUGCAGCUGGAUCAACAACAGCAGUAGCCGAAGGCGACAGCGUGCCUGAUGGGGCUCAAGUGGUUUCAGCUGGAUCAGAGGGCGUAUCAGCUGACGCCCAAGUGCAGAGCAGCGAGGCAGACUCUCAAAGCCAGAAUCAGACCAACGGGCUACAGAACCAGACAGACACACCUGGAGCCAUUCAGCAGGUGAUUGUGGGCCAAGUGGGGCACCAGUUGGUGCAGCAGAUCCAGCUGCAGCCCCAGGCUCAGAGUCAGGGUCAGGCACAGGGCCAACAGCAACCUCAGCACAUUCAGACCCUACAGCUGGCUCCAGGACAGACCCUGCAGCCCAUCCAGGCCUUCCCGAACUCUGCCCAGGUCCUUAUUCGUACCCCAACCCUAUCACCCUCUGGGCAGCUCACCUGGCAAACGCUGCAGCUACCCGGUGGAGUCUCCCUGCAGGGUGGUCUCGGGGCAGCUGUGCCACAGCAGCUGACGCUGGCUCCGGUGGCUGGUGGGACUGCAGUUGGAAGUGGGGGGCUGGUCUCUCUUAGUGGAGCUCCCUUGACGCUGAGUGCAGCCCAGAUAAACCCCGGGUCAGGUGUGCAGACGGUCAGCAUUGCAGGACUGAGCACAGCUGGGGUCCAGGUGCAGGGCGUACCUCUCACUAUUACUGGUCUACAGGGUCAACCACAGGGUCAGGAUGGGGUCAAAGUUCAGUCGUCUCCGGUGACUGUCACUGUGGGCAAUGUUGCAUCAGGCUCGUCAAUGAGUCCAGACCAGCUGAGCUCCGUGCAAAGUUCUUCAGACCAGGAGGGACCGCCCAGCAAGAGGCUUCGACGUGUUGCCUGCUCUUGUCCAAACUGCAGGGAUGGAGAGGGGAGGAACAGCGGGGAUCCCACAAAGAAAAAGCAGCACAUCUGCCACAUGGAGGGCUGUGGGAAGGUCUAUGGAAAGACAUCCCACCUACGGGCCCACCUGCGCUGGCACACCGGUGAGAGGCCGUUUGUCUGUAACUGGAUCUUCUGUGGCAAGAGGUUCACCCGGAGCGACGAGCUGCAGAGACACCGGAGAACACACACAGGAGAAAAGCGCUUUGAGUGUCCCGAAUGCUCCAAGCGCUUCAUGCGCAGCGACCACCUCUCGAAGCACAUCAAGACCCACCAGAACAAGAAGAGCAGCGCCGCGGUGGCAAUCAUCACGACCGAUGACAUGGAGGAAGACACUCCUGAGGACCUCGUCGCCUCCCCGCAGAUUGUCGCCGUAGCAACACUGUCGCGUGACUCUGACCCCGCUACGCCGACCACCUCCAAUCACCUGGAGGAAGAGGAGGAGGAAGAGGAGGAGUUUGAGUAGGCGCCUGCCUCCCGUCCCUUCGCUGGAAGGCUGGCUUCCUGUUUUUUUGGAGGUCUUUGCAAGGACUGUAAGGGGUUACUUUUCUCUUUUUUUUUUCCUUCCUUUUUUUUUUCUCAAAUUUGACCUUAUUUUGAAAGGGUUCGCUCACGAAGAGACUCUAAAGGGACGGACAGGGAUCCAUGCGAUGAAGGGAAACCUGAAAAAUAUAAACAGUCUAAAUAAAACAAAACUAACGCGUAUAAUAACAAAAGAAAGAAAUUUAGAGUGUAUCAAAGAUUAGUUUGGCAUUUAUAAAAAUUUAAUCUAUUAAUAAUUUCAGGUGUGGCGGGGAAGGGAAUGUACGCAGAUUAG